CCUUCCGUCCAAAGCCCUCCAGAUUUCUUCCCAAUCACUGCAGAUUUGUUGCGGCAGUAAUGGUGAGCUUUUUGUGUAUGAAAAUUUUAGGAACCUGAUUGUCAAAAGCCAGAAAUCAAUUGUUGACCAAACAGGGAUUGGGUCUUCUGACAUUGGGUUGCUGGAGUGCAGUUCCUCACGUACAGCGGAUGGACGGGUCAAUCAUAGGCAGAUGUCGUUUUGGUUAUAAAACCUUGUCAAUAUUGAUUUGUAAGGACACCAAGCAUUCAGAUAUAUGCAGUCAAAUUUGUUCCAGGUUUAAAGAAUUGCAGGUUGAUGAAAUCGAGUUGACAUAUGCAGUUGAAGAACACUCAUCUUGUCUUCUGGAGACUGACAUGGAUGUUCGUGUGUUGCAUAUUUCUUUAUGUAACGAAAAUAUAAAUGCGGUGGAUAUAAAUUUCAUACAUGGGGGAAGUAAAGUAUCUGGCAAUGGUGAACAAGACAAGAUGGAUUCAUCCGAUAGUGAAGGUAAUACGUCAACUAAUGAAAAUGAGUAUUUGGGAAAGUAUGCUGCAAAAGAAGGUAGACUUUAUUUGUCCCAUGAGUGGAAAACAUAUAUUAGGGAGGUAGGGCAAAAGUAUGAAGGUGGGGUUACUGCAUUUAGGAUCAAAUUAUGCAAAUAUGCUUUUGAGAAGCGGUUUAGGUUCAUUUAUGUUAAAAAUGAUUUGAAGCGUGUCACAGCGGAAUGUUUGAAUAAGCAAAGUGAAAAUUGUCCUUGGCGCGUUCAUGCCACUGUAAAUCCGGUGAAUGGCUUCUUCUACAUUAAAUAUUUGAUGAAUGAGCAUACUUGCAAGGGCAGGAUUCGUACUCGUCAAAGACGUUUUAUGGGCUUGAAAAUUGUUUCCUCAGUUGUAGCUGAACAGAUUUGAACAAAACCUCAACUUAAACCAGUGGACAUCGUCACAGAUUUCAAGCAAAAUUGUGGCUUGAACAUCUCAUAUUAUAAUGCCUGGUAUGGUAAAGAAUUGGCCAAAAAAAAAGUCAAUGGUGAUGAAGCUUUCUCCUAUAGACAGUUGGUUUGGUACAUUGAUGCUUUGUUGAAAACAAAUCUGGGAUCUCAUUGUUACUUAGAGUGUGAUGCAAACUCAUCACGAUUUGAGCGCUUGUUCAUAUCAUAUCUUGCCUCCAUUGAAGGGUUCAAAUUCUGCAGACCAUUCCUUUGUUUGGAUGGUACAUUUGUGAAGAACAAGUAUAAAGGGCACAUGCUUGCGGCUAUAGGAAAAAAUGAAAUCAAGGGUUCUUUCCACUUGCUUUUGCCAUUGUAUUUUGAAAAUGAAGCCAAUUGGACAUGGUUUCUGGAAAACCUUUCAGACAUUUUGUCUCCCCAAGGUCAUAACAUCACAUUUAUUUCGGAUCGUUGCAAAGGGUUGCUAGAAGGCGUACAAAAUGUGUUUCCAGAGUUCAAUCAUUUUUUCUGUCUCCACCACUUGAAGCAUAAUGUUCUAGGUAGAUAUCCAACUUCUUUCGGCAAAAGAUACAGAGAUUGGAUUGUUUGGUGUUUUACAAGGUGCGCAUACGCUCCUACUGAGAAAGCAUUUAAUCAUCAUAUGAAAAAGUUACAAAAAGAUGAUGGUAAGACUAUUUUGGAGUUUUUAGACACAAUACCUAAUGAGAAUUGGUCAAAUGCCUUUUCUCCAGGUAAAAAAUAUGGUGAGAUGUGUUCAAAUCUGGCAGAGUGCUUCAACUCAUGGAUUGUUGUUGAGCACGAGUUGCCUAUUUUCCAAUUGUUUGAACGGUUACGGGUGAAGAUGAUGGUCAAAUAUGCUGCUCGGCGUUGCGAAGCAGAAAAAUGGACUACAUAUCUCUGCCCUAAUAUGGAAAAAAAAUUGCAGAAAGCUGUGGACAUUGGGAGGCAUUGGGAUGUUAGCCGUUUAAGUGAACACGUGUUUGAGGAACACCUUCAAAAGCUCCUCAAAUAAAGCAGCAGCAAAUUCUUGGCUCUCUCUGAUAUUUCUCUGGUUGACUGAAAGUUGGUGGAAAAAUAUGGUAGAGAAGACGAUGGUGGAAAAAAGAUCUUCUGGCUAUUAGGUUAAAGCUUUGUAUUUAUAGGCCAAGGGACUCCUCCAAAAAUAAGGAAGAUAAUAUUUAUUUAGGAAGGAAAGGAAAAAUAGGAAUGUAUUAAAAAAAACAAUACCUAUUCUCAAAAGGAAGAGUAACAUGCGUCUUCAAAAGAUAGAGGUAAUUGGCUUUGGGGUUUUAAGGGAAAAAUAGGAAAGUAUAUCAAGUGUCCAGCCAAUACCCAUGCUUUGCUCCAAAAGUAGCUGACGGUGGUGGCUCAACAAAAAAAAAGACCAUUUCAUUAUUUUGUCAUCUAGCAUCUCUUGCAAUUGCUCAAAUGAUGCAACCACCAUUUCAGCAAUUCACGAUGGGUUCUUCUUCACGAGAAAGGCAGUGAUGUGAUGCAACGUACAUGUUCUUGUCAUCAGUGGCAGCUUAAUGGCUUCCCAUGUGCCCACGCUAUUGCAGCCAUCCUUGCUGAUUAUGGUGACCCAUAUGAUUAUUUUGAACCUUACUUCACUGCAGAAUAUUAUAGAAAUUGUUAUGAUAUCCCAAUUGUUCCUGUUCCUGAUGUUGAGAAAGAGUGCCCGGAGGGUCUCGAAGACUUUAUAGUGAAACCUCCUUUAACUAAAAAUCCACCAGGUAGACCAAGAACGAAGAGGAUUAAAUCUAGAGUCGAGGAUAGAAGGGCCAACAAAUGCAGUCGAUGUGGUCACGCCAGUCAACGCAACAGGAAGACUUGUAAUCAUCAGAUUUGAGUGUUUACAUAAUGGUUACUUGCUGCCAAUCUCUCAAAGCUUGACAUGCCAGCUCCUCUGUUAGCCCUAUGCCAAUAUGUCGAGACCAAGUUGAAGCCUGCUAACGAGAUCAUUGCAAUUCACAUGCUAGAGGAAAUUUUUGGCACUGAGCAUGAUACCUUGCUCUUGUGUGAAGACGUUUUACAGUUUGCUUCCGUGGUUGAGAUUGGAUCCACAGUGAUUGCAGUAUACAUGAGGUACCUAUUUGACUAUUUAGAAAUAGCAAAUAUGGUAAACCUUGUUGGCCUCGUGGACCUUGGACAAGUCAGCUCUCAAUCUGGAAUGGUAUCUCACCGUUCAAAAUAUCUCUCAGACUGCCUGAAAAAUGCAGAUGGGGAUCAAUUUUACUUGGUGCCUUAUAAUCCAGGGGGUCAUUGGGUGUUAACAAUUGUGAGACUAGUUAAGGAGACUGUCUAUUACAUGGAUUCAUUGCCAAACCGCUCUGUUGACGAGGACAUGAGAAAUAUAGUGAAUACUUCAAUCAACAUGUAUAACUCUCACACUGACAAACAAUCAUCACGUAAAUCACCCAUAUGGAAAAAUCUACAAGGCACUCCUAGACAACCAACAAAUGUAGAGUGUGGCUAUUACAUGAUGCGUUUCAUGAGAGAUAUAAUUCAUGAUGCAGGCCUAGGAUUUGAGAAGAAGUUUGACAAUGAAAAGGAACUAGUUGUCUAUACUCAAGAACAUAUUGACAAAGUCAGACUGGAAUGGGCAAAAUUCGUGAACAAGCAAUUACAGAACAAUAUAUAA